AUGGCAGACGGCGCCCCGGACGAUAGCGCGGCCCAGAAGCGAAGCCACGCCGACUUCCAAGAUGACGCUUCUGACUCCUCCGAUGACGACAUGGGCCCUCAGCUGCCCUCUGCCGAAGCGCCCAAGAAGAAGCGACGCGUCCUGCCCUACGAAAAGCUCUACGUGGCGGCACUGCCCGCCUCGGCGCGAUAUUCUCGGUCCCUCAUGCACAAGGAGCAAGUCUCCUUUGUCACGUGGACGCCGCUGACAGAGUUUCUCAUUACCUCGUCCGCCGACGGCGUUGUGAAAUUUUGGAAGAAGAUUGCACAGGGAAUCGAGUUUGUCAAAGAGUUUCGCGCCCAUCAUGGCGAGAUCAAGGCUGUUGCGGUCAGCCAGGACGGACGAAGCUUUGCUACUGCUGGGGCGGAUGAGACCAUAAAGAUUUUUGACGUCAUUACGUUUGAUUUGCUGUCCAUGAUCACGCUGAGCUACGCCCCGAAAAGCGUGUGCUGGGUGCACAAGAAGGGUGCCUCGUUUCCCCUACUGGCCGUGUCCCAAGAGGGGAAGCCGCUCGUACACCUGUACGAUGGUAGGGGGGACAAGGAGGAGCCGAUCCAUACCAUAAAGGGGUUGCACCGAAACCCUGUCCAUCUGAUGGCAUUUAAUGACAGUUACGAUUGUGUCGUAUCUGCCGACGAAGGUGGCAUGAUCGAGUACUGGCGACCGAGCGGGACAUACGAAAAGCCCGAGGGUGUUUUCGAGUACAAGAGCUCGACGAGCCUCUUCGACUUUAAAAAGGCAAAGUCUGUUCCGACAUGCAUCACGAUAUCCCCGCAGGGUAAAAGCUUUGCCGCAUUCUCGCUUCCUGAUCGCAAGAUUCGCCUGUUCGAUUUUGCCUCCGCCAAGCUGCAUCGUACUUACGAUGAGUCACUGCAAGCCAUGCAAGACUUGCAGCAAGCGGGGAGCGCGUCCCAGAAAAUGGAUCAGGUCGAGUUCGGGCGUCGGUUAGCCCAGGAGCGAGAGGUCGAGUCGCAGAGCAUGCGGGCGGGAUCAAAUGUGAUUUUUGACGAAUCAGGCAAUUUUCUGAUAUAUGGCUCCAUGUUGGGCAUCAAAGUCCUCAACACGUACACGAAUCAGGUGGUCAAGACGUAUGGAAAGGACGACAACCUACGCGCCAUCAACUUGGCCAUCUACCAGGGUCAGCCGCAGAAAAAGGGCGUCACCUCGGUGGAGAUGGGUGCGUCGAGUAACCCCCUGCUGCAGGAGUCGGAAGCCCGUGACCCUCUGCUCGUUGCCACGGCGGCGGGCAAAGUCCGCUUCUAUCUCUUUACAAAUGACCAAGAAAUAUCCAAAUCAACGCGCGAUGUGCAGAAUGAAAGGCCUACAAUGCUCGGUCGCGAGAAGGAGGUCAAUGCUAAGAAAACAGAGACAGGGAGUGCUGCGGUGCUCCAUACCACUUAUGGUGACAUCCACCUACGCCUCUUUCCCGAUGCGGCACCGAAAACGGUCGAGAACUUUGUCACGCACGCAAAACAGGGCUACUAUAACAAUACUAUCUUUCAUCGCGUCAUUCGCAAAUUCAUGAUCCAGUGCGGCGACCCGCUCGGCGACGGCACGGGCGGCGAAAGCAUCUGGGGACGUGAGUUUGCGGAUGAAUUUAGCAGUCUCAAGCACGACAAGCCGUACACUGUCAGCAUGGCUAAUGCCGGGCCCAACACCAAUGGCAGCCAGUUUUUUAUUACCACGGAAAAGACGCCGUGGCUUGAUGGCAAGCAUACGAUAUUUGGUCGCGCCACCCAAGGCUUUGACGUGAUUCAAAAGAUUGAGAAUACGCGCACCUUUAAAGAGAAGCCCGAGGAAGACAUUAAAAUCCUCAACAUUGACGUCAUGUAG